GCCGGUCCUUUUCUCCGGAUUUGUCAGAGCAGGACUGCAGCCGGGCGGCGCAGAUGGAAAUGUUGAACCGAUUUUUCUGAAUUUUAUACUUUUUUGAAGCCGAAUAAUAUCCCUCAAACGAUCGUGAACCAUGCCGGCAUACUUCCAGCGUCCCGAGAACGCCCUGAAAAGGGCGAACGAGUUUCUUGAGGUUGACAAAAAGCAGCCAGCCCUCGAUGUUCUUUACGACGUGAUCAAGAGUAAAAAGCAUCGAACAUGGCAGAAGAUCCACGAGCCGAUCAUGCUCAAGUACCUGGAGCUCUGUGUGGACCUCCGCAAGAGCCAUCUGGCCAAGGAAGGCUUGUACCAGUACAAGAACAUCUGCCAGCAGGUAAACAUCAAGUCCUUGGAGGAUGUUGUCAGGGCUUAUCUCAAGCUGGCUGAAGAGAAGACUGAGACUGCAAAGGGGGAGUCCCAGCAGAUGGUGCUUGACAUUGAGGAUCUGGAUAACAUUCAAACACCAGAGAGUGUGCUGCUGAGCGCUGUCAGUGGGGAGGAUACCCAAGACCGAACGGACCGCCUGCUUCUGACUCCCUGGGUCAAGUUCCUGUGGGAAUCAUACAGACAGUGCUUGGACCUGCUCAGGAACAACUCCAAGGUGGAGCGACUCUACCAUGACAUUGCUCAGCAAGCCUUCAAGUUCUGCUUGCAGUACACCCGUAAAGCAGAGUUCCGCAAGCUGUGUGAUAACCUGAGGAUGCACCUGGGGCAGAUCCAGCGCCACCACAACCAGAGCACAGCCAUCAACCUGAACAACCCUGAUAGCCAGUCCAUGCACUUGGAGACCAGGCUGGUCCAGCUGGACAGCGCCAUUAGCAUGGAGCUCUGGCAGGAAGCCUUCAAGGCAGUGGAGGAUAUCCAUGGCCUAUUUGCCCUGUCCAAGAAGCCACCCAAACCCCAGUUAAUGGCAAACUACUACAACAAAGUGUCCACCGUCUUCUGGAAAUCGGGCAAUGCUCUCUUCCAUGCAUCAACCCUGCACCGACUCUACCACCUCUCCAGAGAAAUGAGAAAGAACCUCACCCAGGAGGAGAUGCAGAGGAUGUCUACCCGUGUGCUGUUGGCAACCUUGUCCAUUCCUAUCACCCCUGAACGUACUGACAUUGCCCGUCUUUUGGAUAUGGACGGCAUCAUUGUAGAGAAACACAGACGCUUAGCAACGCUUUUGGGUCUGCAGUCCCCACCCACCCGUCAAAGCCUGAUAAAUGACAUGGUGAGGUACAAUCUGCUGCAGUACGUUGUUCCAGAUGUGAAGGAGCUGUAUAAUUGGCUGGAGGUGGAAUUUCACCCACUGAAACUGUGUGACAGAGUAACCAAGGUUUUAAACUGGGUGAGAGACCAGGCUGAGAAGGAUUCUGACCUCCAGCAUUAUGUGCCCCAUCUGCAGGGCAACACUAUUCUAAGGCUGCUCCAGCAGGUUGCUCAGAUCUACCAGAGCAUUGAGUUCAGCCGUCUGGCCUCCCUUGUCCCCUUCGUUGAUGCCUUUCAGCUGGAGCGCUCGAUUGUCGAUGCUGCCAGACACUGUGACCUGCAGGUGCGUAUCGAUCAUACCUCCCACACUCUGAGCUUUGGCUCAGACUUGAACUACUCUGCUAAAGAAGACUCCCCGGUGGGCCCUUUCCUGCAGAACAUGCCCUCGGAACAGAUCAGGAACCAGCUCACCGCCAUGUCUUCUGCCCUGGCCAAGGCUAUCGAUGUGAUCAAACCUGCAGCAAUACUGCAAGAGCGUGAGGACCAGAAGCAGCUGGCCAUCGCCGCCUACUUGAAGAACUCUCGGAAGGAGCACCAGCGUGUCCUGGCCCGCCGGCAGACCAUCGAGGAGCGCAAGGAGCGCCUAGAGAAUCUCAACAUCCAGCGUGAGAAGGAGGAGUUGGAGCAGCGCGAGGCGGAACUGCAGAAGGUGCGCAAAGCAGAGGAGGAGCGCCUGCGUCUGGAAGCCAAAGAGCGUGAGAAGGAGCGCAUCAUGCAGGAGCACGAGCAGAUUAAGAAGAAGACUGUACGCGAGCGACUCGAGCAGAUCAAGAAGACAGAGCUGGGAGCCAAGGCCUUCAAAGACAUUGAUAUUGAGGAUCUUGAAGAACUGGAUCCAGAUUUUAUCAUGGCAAAACAGGUGCAACAGCUGGAGAAAGAAAAGAAAGAACUUCAAGAACGCUUGAAGAACCAGGAGAAGAAGAUUGACUACUUUGAGAGAGCCAAACGCCUGGAAGAAAUCCCUCUAAUUAAGAAGGCUUAUGAAGAACAGCGAGUGCAAGACAUGGAGAUGUGGGAGCUACAGGAGGAGGAGAGGAUAAGGAACAUGCAAGUGGAGCGUGAGAAGGCUCUGGAGCACAAGCAGAGAUUGUCGAGAAUGAUGGAAGACAAAGACAACUUUGUCUCAAAGAUCACGGCUGCACGCCAGUCUGUCUAUGAGGAAAAGCUGAAGCAGUUCCAAGAGCGUUUCAUUGAAGAGAGGAAACAGCGUUUGGAGGAUCGCAAGAAACAGCGCAAAGAAGACCGUCGCAACAUGUACUACCGGGACAAAGAGGAGGAGGAACAGCGGCUGCAUGAAGAACAACUUAAGAGAGAGCGUGAGGAGAGGGAGCGUAUUGAGCUGGAGCAGCGUGAGGAGGAGGAGCGAGAGUACCAGGAGAAGUUGCGCAAGCUGGAGGAGCAGGAGAGGAAGCAGCGAGCACGGCAGCUCGAGAUCGAGGAGAGAGAGCGCCGCAGAGAGGAGGAGAAGAGGGUACCAGAGGACAAGCCGCUUUCAAGGGAUUCAAAUCCACGUUGGGCUGACAAAGAGGAGGGAGGAGGUGGCGGUGGCUGGAGAAAGCGCACUGAUGGCGGCGAGUCUGAGUGGAGACGUCCUGGGGUCAGCACAGACAGGGAAGAAGGCCGGGAAGAUGAGAAACCUGCAUUCCGUCGAGACGAUGACCGGGAGCCGCCCUUCCGACGGGGUGGAGAUGACAGGGGCCCCAGGAGAGGGUUUGACGAGGACAGGGCUCCUAGGAGAGGUGUUGAUGAGGAUAGGGGACCAAGGAAGGGGGCUGAUGAGGACUGGGGUCCUAGAAGAGGAGGAGAUGAUGACAGGGGCCUAAGAAGAGGUGGAAGGGGAAUGGACAACGACCAAGGACCUCGCCACAUAGACGAUUCCAAACCUUGGAAACCGCUGGGCAAAACAGUAACUUCCAAGUGGAGUGAGGAAAGCCAGAGUGAACCAGUCGUAAAACUUGGUGGCUGGAGAGAGAGGGAGAAAGCGCGUGAAGACAGCUGGGCUCCCCCUCGUAAUAUGGGGGGCUCUGAAGAGAGUGACGAGCGGGAGCCUGACAGAGAGCGCCGUCCUCCAAGGGAGGAGGGCAGCAGUGCCUGGAGGAGGGGAGGCACUGAAGAGUCGAGUGGCUGGAGGGACUCCCCCCGCAGUGAUGCCUGGGAAGACAGGCACAGUAACAGACGUGACGACCGCCGUGAUGUGAGAGACAAGCCCGAUGAGCGAGACCGCAGGGGCCCACCCAGGGCAGAGCGUGACGAAGUACCAUCGAAAUGGAAAGCAGAUUCAGAGACCAGUGAAAACAUCGAAAGACCUGUUAGCAGCUGGAGGCGUGGUGGUGAGGAGCGUAAGGAGGAGAGAGACACCCCUCGCCGAGGAGCCCCUCCUUCCAGGGAGAAGGAGCGAGAGAGACCCGCUGGGGAGAGCAGCGUCUGGAGAGCAGAGAAGGAGCGAGAGAGACCUGCUGGGGAGGGCAGUGCCUGGAGGGCUCAGAAGGAGCGAGAGAGACCUGCUGGGGAGGACAGCGCCUGGAGGGCUGACAGAGACAAAGAAGCUUCACGGCGCGCCAAAAUGGAAACCGAUGACGACGGCUGGACCACUGUCCGUCGUUAAUACAAUCGUGUCCUUUGCUGCUGCUUUUUAGUGUUGGAGUGGGCAUUCAAAAUAAAAACCUGUGCCACAAAGCAUUCUUAAAUCUUUAAAGAAAUAUUUGACAACUAUUCGUGUUCUGGUGGUUUGCUAUUGUAACAUUAAAGCAAAGUAAUUUCUGAUAAUUGAUAAUGCACGGUUUUUAUGCAGCGAGUAAUGUGAAAAUAUACUGGUGCAGAAUGACCUGUUGCAUUGUGUGGUCUGUUGCGUUUUAUUGAAUCACAUUUCACAUAUCUUACUAAAUGUGUAUCUUACAAAAGCAGCUUAAUACAACUUUGUUGGACAUUUAAUUAAAGGACUUCUAAUGCUUAA